CUCACGCCAUCAGAGCGCGCACACCAGCCGCAGGAACCGCUGAAACUCCACACUUCAGUGAACCACGUGAAUGGUUUGUUUCGGUCUGACGAGCUUUUUUGGCCACCGACUCGCGUCAAACCUGCUACGAGUCAGAUGACUAAUAACGUUGAUAACGCACAGAUAACGAGUAUUAAUUGAGAUUUCGCAGUCGAUCGCAGUUUAACACGUUCGUUUGCCAAGAUGAGAGCAGGAGUUUUAGUUUGUUUUGCGUUUGUGUGCCUUCUACCCGCCGUCUUCACUGCCCCAGCGGACAAUGUUCUGCUAUACCUCCAAAGUUUUGGCUACAUAGACAAGAAACGAACCGCCUCCGACCAUCAGGAUAUAGUUGAUGUAACUAAAGCAAUCAAAGAGUUUCAGAGUUUUGCUGGAUUGGACGUAACAGGUGUUGCGGACAAUGAAACGCUGAAAUUGAUGGGUACACCUCGAUGUGGUGUUCCAGACAAAAUUGGCACCAAGGAAAAAGAUGGAAGACAAAAAAGAUAUGCUCUGCAAGGUAGCAGAUGGAAGGUAAAGAACUUGACCUACAGAAUAUCGAAAUACCCAAGAAAACUCGACAAGAAAGACGUAGAUAAGGAAAUUUACAGGGCGUUUUCCGUAUGGUCUGAAUAUACUGAUCUCACAUUCACCCCAUCCAACGGCCAAGUUCACAUAGACAUUAGAUUCGAAUCUGGUGAACAUGGAGACGGUGAUCCGUUCGAUGGGCCGGGUGGUACCUUAGCUCAUGCCUACUUCCCUGUUUACGGUGGUGAUGCUCACUUUGACGCGUCUGAGCAAUGGUCGAUAAACAGUUACAGAGGCACAAAUCUAUUCCAAGUAGCCGCUCACGAGUUCGGCCACUCGUUAGGUUUAAGUCAUUCGGACGUUAGAGAAGCUCUAAUGGCUCCAUUCUACAGAGGAUACGACCCGAUCUUCCAAUUGGACAGUGACGACAUACAAGGUAUUCAAGCACUUUACGGCAAGAAGACGAAGAAAACGCCCACUCCCAGUUUUGAUGAUGAUGAUGACAUCGACGAUAUUGAUCACGAGGGAAAUACCCCAACAGUCACCAAAACCAACGUGCCAGAUCAAUCGCUUUGCAAAGAUCCCAAAUUCGAUACCAUCUUUAAUUCAGCUGAAGGUUACACUUAUAUAUUCAAAGGAGACAAAUACUGGAGACUGACUGAUGAAAGUGUUGCUCCUGGAUAUCCUAAGAGUAUUUCCCAAGGUUGGCCAGGAUUGCCCGGAAACAUUGACGCAGCGUUCACCUAUAAAAACGGCAAAACCUACUUCUUCAAGGGUUCCAAGUAUUGGAGGUACAAGGGUAGAAAGAUGGACGGAAUUUACCCUAAGGAAAUAUCUGAAGGUUUCACCGGUAUCCCAGACGAUGUAGAUGCAGCUUUAGUUUGGAGUGGUAAUGGAAAAAUUUACUUCUACAAGGGCAGUAAAUUCUGGAGAUUCGACCCCACACAACGCCCUCCAGUUAAAUCAACAUAUCCGAAGUUAAUUGCAAAUUGGGAAGGCGUUCCCAAUAACUUAGAUGCAGCUUUCCAAUGGACCAAUGGAUAUACAUACUUUUAUAAAGACAAUGCUUAUUAUAGGUUUAAUGAUAGAGCAUUCGCGGUAGAUGCCGUGGAUCCAGCUUUUCCAAGAUCAACCGCUUACUGGUGGUUUGGUUGUAAAGAAGCCCCUAAAGGAACAAUUGGAAGUAAGAGAUGGGGUGCAUUAACGAAUGAGGAGAGCGGACCGGAUCCAAAUGAAAACGAAUUUACAGUAUCUCCGAAUGACCCAGAGUCACAAAGGAAUAAUGAUCCAGAAAUAUUAAACAGCGACGACUCAGGAAAAAGCUCCAGUCCAAGAAUAUCGCCGCUCUCUCUCACGUUACUAGUGACUUUAACGACGGUACUAUUAACUAGUGUAAAAAUGAACUGAGUGUUUUAUUCGUUUCAUAAACGAAACUUUGCUUUGACUGAGACUUAAAAAUGAAAAUUGUGUGAUAGACAGUACACUUUUUUAUAGUAUAACGUGAAUACCUCUGCGAACAAAUCUAAUGAGAUCUCUUAAAACUUAAAGUCUUAAAUUAAUCUAUUGUUUUUAUAAGAAACAAGGAUGCGUCAAGCAUGUCUAAACAGGGUUGCCUAACUGUAAGAUGUGUAUUCUCGUAUUUCGAAAUGUUUAAUUUAAUUGCCACUCUUCAAUUUAUACUGUAAUAGAGUGAACUGUAUAUAGUAUAGCUUUACGAAAAAUUUAGAUUUAAUUUUUAAAUGGAAAUAUAAUUUAUAUAAUCAAAUAUGUAAAAACCGUUAACUCAUGAGCAACUAAAAGUAUUUAUUGAAAUACUCCGCUAUAAUUUAUACAUAUAUUUUUUUAUUUUAAUAAAUACGAUUAUUUGCUUAA